CACCCCGGGUGGGGGAGAAAUAGAGUAUAGUGCCGUACCGAAAGGCCCUCCUCCCUAACUAAUGAAUCCACUCCGCUACCAUUCGAAUGGACCCAUCCAUCACUGACAGCGCGACGCAGCAAAGUCCGUCGCGUCGCGAGCCGCCUCAUGGGCACGAAUCUUUCGUGACAGGCGCACCCUCGAGCCGAGCUGCACUCCGAGUCUCAGCACACCACCACCCUGUGUCAAUGCGGAGGCUGAUUCCAGCAACGCUCGAAGGGUUUUUGCCCCCCCCCCCUCCUCUCAACCUUCAGUGGCUGACAUGGCGCCCCGAACCGAUCCGCAAAGAACAUGCAAGCGCUUUGGGCGAGUCGUUGACAAGGGCCAGCAGCGGUGAUGUGGCCAGGGCCGCAUUGGGGUGCGCGCGCCUUUUUGGCUGAAUGGGGGGCGGAUGUCUGCGGUUGUCGUCGACUGGGGUUGUUUCUGAGCUCAACGGUGAAGCUUUCUCGCCUCCGGCGCAGUGCGCAGAUAAGGUACCUUGGCUACCUUGCUGUACCUUCUAAGAUACGUGCCUUAAUAAAAGUACCUCCCGGUGG